AUGACUGUCGAUAUGGAACAACAGCAGCAGGACUAUGACGAUGGCGGUCUUCCAGGUCCUGGAGCUCCCACACCACUUUCAGCACUUGAGGGCGUUGCGGGCUUGACCGCACGAGACAUUAAACUUAUAGUCGAUGGAGGGUUUCAUACCGUGGAGUCGGUUGCAUACACUCCCAAGCGUGUGCUAGAGCAGAUCAAGGGUAUUUCAGAGCAGAAAGCGACCAAGAUUUUAGCUGAAGCUUCCAAACUCGUUCCAAUGGGAUUCACAACCGCGACAGAAAUGCACGCACGCCGAAGCGAGCUUAUAUCUAUUACUACUGGAUCGAAACAACUAGACACACUACUCGCCGGAGGGAUUGAGACAGGUUCUAUAACUGAAAUAUUCGGAGAGUUCAGGACAGGAAAGAGUCAGCUUUGCCACACACUGGCAGUUACUUGCCAAUUACCAUUCGACAUGGGCGGUGGCGAAGGAAAAUGUCUCUACAUCGACACCGAGGGCACAUUUCGUCCUGUGAGAUUAUUGGCUGUCGCACAACGAUAUGGGCUCGUCGGAGAAGAAGUAUUGGACAAUGUUGCAUAUGCUCGCGCCUAUAAUUCAGACCAUCAGCUACAACUUCUCAACCAGGCAUCUCAGAUGAUGUGUGAAACACGAUUUUCCCUUUUGAUUGUGGACUCAGCGACCGCCCUCUACCGUACGGAUUUCAAUGGCCGUGGUGAAUUGUCCAAUCGUCAGACUCAUUUAGCCAAGUUCUUGCGUACCUUGCAGCGACUCGCGGAUGAAUUCGGAAUUGCAAUUGUCAUCACGAACCAGGUCGUCUCACAGGUCGAUGGCGGUCCAAGUUCAAUGUUUAAUCCCGACCCUAAGAAACCCAUUGGUGGUAACAUUAUUGCCCAUGCAAGUACCACUCGUUUGAGCUUGAAGAAGGGAAGAGGAGAGACUAGGAUAUGCAAGAUCUACGAUAGUCCCUGUCUGCCAGAGAGUGAUUGUCUGUUUGCGAUUAGAGAAGAUGGUAUUGGUGAUCCUAGCCCGAAGGACCUGGAGAAUGAGUAG